ACGUCUGCAUAUACUUAAGCAAAUGACCAUUGACAAUUACCUUAAGGAGUUCCCUGCUUUGAAAAAGCCAACCGGAUAUCUUUUACUGUUAAAGGACUUCGAAUUUCUGUAUCCCGAAAACUACAACGGGUUCAUCGAGUCCUUCGCAACAUAUAAAACACAAAUAUUCCAAUUAGCUGCAAAAAGGACAGGAAGGGAUAAAUGCGUCCAGAACUUGCUGUCCCUUGAGAAAACUUCCGAGGAUUCAAGCAACCUUGGAGCCUUACUCCUUAUUCCUUCAUUACUAUCCGUAAAAACUUUUAAGCUCAAAGGAGCUACUAAAAAAGUUUGGAGACCAUCGAAAGCCGAAGUGCGGGAGGCAUUCAUCACGCACGUUAAAACCGAUGCAGAGAUCUGUGAAGCUGUUUCUGCGCGGAAACACAGGCUUGAAGAAUACAAUCUAACAUUACAACCUUUCAUCAUUGCGGUUGGUGAGUCACUGAAUAGUGUCAAAUCGUAUUUUGUAAUUGUUAAUGAUCAUAGAUAUUUCAUUCCAACAAUUGUUGAAGCAGUUGAUGCGUGUAUAAAAAUAAUUUUUACCCUUAACGCUAAAUAUCCUGAGGAGUGUUCCUGUACGUGGAUGUUUAUUCAGAACGGUUUCUAUAAAAUAAAAACCCGUUAUGAUAAAACAUCCACUGCCACCAAUACUCUCCUCUCUGAGCUAGGGAUGACGGAGUGAAUACCAGUUUCAGUUUCAUUUUUCAUUUUAUCCUCUUAUCGAAGUUCGAUAGUCUAAGCACACUUAUAUUAGUUUUGAGAGACACUAAUGUUUUUUUUUUUGUGGUCUGAAACAACAGUCGUUUGUCUUCACAAAGCUAAUAAUAGUUUUGAAUUCAUUUCAAUUUUCUUUUUAUCCUCUUAUCGAAGUUCGAUAGUCUAAGCACACUUAUAUUA